AAUCGGAUUGCGAAACAGUCGGGUCAACAACAUGCGGGGUUCAAUGUCACAGACGCGUGUGCUGCGCAGCUUUCGUUAAUGUAGAUCCUGUGGAUAAGAACCGCAUCAUUUGAGGCUUCAAGCUUGUUGGUCAUCAUGGCAGCGUGUGGAGGCUGUAGGUUCUUUGUCCUGACUUUAAGAACUCUAUGUGGAUCUUCAAGCUCUGCAUCACCCAGCACACUACCUUUAACUAAACACAGGACUUUGUUCACAUCUGCGAGAACUUACUCUCUAGACCCAUUCCCCUCCAGUUCAAGAAAGACCCCGUCUCAGGCAGGCAAACCAGAGCGAAUUUCUCCAUCCUCAGGAGGCGUUCAGAGAAACCUAUCUGCUGUCGCCGUGCCCCUACAGGGUCAGUUUCGCCCCCUCUGCCGGUACGACCCUUUAGAUCUGGGCGAUGUGGAUGAGAACACGCAGAAAGCGUUGGCCUGUAAACACCUGCGGCGGUUCAUCGUAGACCCUUCCCUUGCAAGAAUCGUGACCGACCAUCUCGCCGGAGAUAUUGAUGAUGGGAAAGCUGUUAUAUUUGAGUGUAACCCAGGUCCUGGGGUGUUGACACGUGCUCUGCUGAACCGUGGGGCUCAAAGAGUAGUUGCCCUGGAAGGGGACACAAACUUCCUUCCUGAGCUGAAGGAGCUGGAGCACAAACUGGAUGGGCAGCUGGAUGUGGUUCAUUGUGACUUCUUCAAGCUGGAUCCCAUCGGACACGGCAGCAUGAAACCACCCGCCAUGUACUCGGAGAAGCUCUUCUCUGACCUUGCCAUAUCUGAGGUUCCUUGGUCAGCAGAUGUCCCAGUGAAAAUUGUAGGGAUCUUCUCACAAAGAAAUGAGAAGAACAUCCUGUGGAAGCUGAUUUACAACCUGUUUGAGCGCCGCUCUAUUUUCCACUAUGGACGUGUGGAGUUGAUCAUGUUCAUCAGCCAGAAAGAAUACACUAAACUAGUGACCCCUCCGAGAGAUUAUAAGAACUAUCAAGCUUUCAGUGUUCUCUGGCAGAUGGCCUGUGAUAUUGAGUUACUGCAUGAGGAGCCAUUGUCGUCUUUUCUAACUGUAACCAAAAAGACUGGAAAGUCCUCCUCAAAGAACACUUCAUCCCAGAGUGAUAACCUCUGCUUGGUGCGGAUAACCCCACGUGAAGAAUUGUUUAACUCUCAUCUGACUCCAUUAAAUGGCAGCACUCUGGUUUUGAUGGUGAAACAAUGCCUUGCCAAAAGAAAAAGCAAACUGAUAGAACAAAUUAACUCAUGGAGUCCUGGCAGUGGAUCAGAGCUCAUCUCAAAGCUCGGCUUCCUUGAUGACACGAUGACGGGCGACGUUUACCCUGAUGAGUUCAAGCGUCUUUUUGAGCUAAUGGAGCAGUCUGGAAACUUCACUGAGAGCUGGCUUUAUGAGGAGACGCUGGAGUCCACGAACACUGGUCACGCAUAACAACGCUAAUCAUGGAUGGAAAAACAAAAGACAUUGUUUAUAUGGAAGAAAAACACUGUAUUGCUUAAACAAGCCCAAAUCCUUAAUAAUGGCUAACAGGGAGACAGACUUGUCUGUGAAGGACUUUACAUUUUGAUAAAGUUGUAUUUGGUCAUAAAAUGUGGACUGGAAGCUGGUUUCGUCAGUAGGCGUUUUGGUUGUUGAUGACUGCUGGUUGGAUACCUUUGGACAAGUUUGGAGACUAAAUGUGACAAAGAUAUUGUUACAUUUUCAGUAAGGUUUUGUUGCCAUGCUGAAACCAUGAAGCCAAUAAACAUUAAGUGUGUACUACAAGUACACCAAAUACCUGCUUGAUUACCUCUUGAUAGUAAUUAGGAAAUAUUAAAUUUAAUAAAAAAUCAUUUGUAAUUGUAAUGAUUACAUUUAUCAAACUCACUAAUGAUGUAAAUGUUAAAAAGUACUUGCUUUGCUUGUUUUUGCCAUUUUUGAAUGUUUGUUGUAUUUAAAUAUAUGAAUUUUUAAUAAACAACAAAUAAAUAACAGAAUAAAAUGUAAGAA